UAUCUACUAUUCCGAACCCGUGACAGUACGCCCACUUUGGGGCCGCUUUUGUUGUGCUUGCUCAGUUUGGUUUGUAGCUUGCAAGGAAUGAAGGAACAGGCUUCAUUGCUUGUUCAAGGAUAGCAGUCUCUCCAGGAGAGAGAUACUGAGAUACUCCUUGACUAAGUCCAGCUGUCACGGAGCUCAGCUGGGAUAAUGGAACAUCAACUCAUGUGUUCUACCUAGGUAGCUAUCGACGAGAAUAAUCAACAUGAGGAAGGAAGAAGAGGAAGGAUGUGCCAUCAGCGUUGACGAGACUUAUAUCCCUUGUGAAAUGGGGAUCGGGGGCCGGAGGUCCGGAGGAGUCGAUUAUCCGCGACUAGCGAGGUCGUAUACGGAGAGAUCCAGUUUUAACAAGAGAAGUGUAUUGCCUAUUAAAGCGUAUACCCACACGCAGCUGGUUAAAUGCUUGAGUGCUUGUCUAUCUAAACGUGCGCUCGAUAACUUGUAGACGUGUAUUACAUCGUAACAUCAUAACCCGAAAAAGAGCCGUCAGAACUUUAGUUUAUAGACUAAGUUAUGCCAAGAG